AUGCCAUCAUCAUCGAAAGAGAUCGACCGCGACCCUCUUGAGGAAGACUCAAGCGAGGCCAUUCACCAGCUACCCAGGAUUGGGGACUCGGAUAUUAACGACAACGCCAACAAAUUGUCCGAGAAGUACAUCGAGCCAACUGUCAGCGUCAACGAAGUCAAUGACAAGGUUUACGAACCGAAAAUCGAACAGGAAGAGGUGAUCGUCGUAGAAAACGCUGACCAGCUGGUCGCGCAUGUCGUAGACCCUCGAGACGAUCCCGAUCUUCCUGUUUUGACCUUCCGAUUCUGGUUCCUUGGUGCCGGUCUUGCGUGCUUUGGUGCUGUCCUUGCUGAGAUCUACUAUUUCAAACCUCAAAAUGCGUCGGUGUCAGCUCUGUUCCAGCUCAUUAUUGCAUAUGUUCUCGGCAAUCUUAUGGCUGCGGUCAUCCCUUCCAAAGGGAAAUGGCGAUACCUCAACCCCGGUCCUUUCAACAUCAAGGAGCAUGCGGCUAUCGUCAUCUUUUCAUCGACUGCCUCGGUCUCAACUGCUGAAGCGGUCACGAUCGUGGCGAUUCUCAACUUGUACUACAACAUCGAGAUAAACCCCGGUGUCGCCAUUAUUCAGACCUGGGCUACCCAGUGUAUCGGAUAUGCGGUCUGUGGUGUUCUUCAAUCCGCUCUCAUCUACCCAACCUACGCUGUAUGGCCAGAGACCUUGCCUUACAUGUCUCUUCUGCAGUCCAUGCACUUCGGAGGCAUGUUGAACAAAAAGCGAAUGAAGUUCUUCUGGAUCGUCUUCAUCGCCAUCUUCUGCUGGGAGAUCGUUCCCUCGUGGAUGUUCCCUCUUCUCACUGCUGUCUCGAUCAUUUGCUUGGCGGACAACGGCCGACACACUGUGGUGCGACAGCUGUUCGGAGCCGGUUCCUCCAACGAGGGUCUUGGUCUCUUCUCCUUCAGUUUCGACUGGAUUCUUAUCACCCAGGCGUAUCCUCUAUGGUGGCCCUUCAACUCUCAGUGGAAUUCCUGGAUUGGUCUGCUCAUUUGUUACGCUUUGAUGAUGGGAGGCUACUACAGCAAUGUUGGUGAAGGCCGCACCAACGGCUUGCCUUUUAUGAGUACUUCGAUCUUUACCUCCAAUGGAACGUCAUACCAACAAAGCAAGAUAUUGGACUCCAACAAUGCCCUCAACAUGACCGCGUACCAGGAAUAUGGUCGACCGUACUACACGUCGACGUAUCAGUUGUCGCUUGCCACUCACAACUUGUCUUGUGGUGCUGCCGUCAUGCACGUCCUCUUGUGGCACUACAAAGACAUACUUGCGGGCUGGGCUGGAAUCCGACUCGGUAACAAGAACCUGGAUGUUAAGGACCCUCAUUAUGAGAAAAUGAAGGCGUACAAAGUGGUCCCUCAGUGGGCCUAUCUGAUCGUGUUUGUUGUCUCGAUGGCCGUGUCAAUGGGAACUGCCUACUAUGGCGGCCACAACACCAUCCCCGCUUGGUCUGUCUUGAUCUUCACCCUCUUCGGCUACUUCUUUGCUAUAAUUCUGGGAUUCCUCAAGGCUGUCACCGGUUUCGACACCAGUAUCAACGGUAUCGUGCAGCUUAUUGCCGCCUUCCUGCACCCUGGAAAACCUAUCGCGAACAUGUACGCAUCUCUCUACGGAUACUACGCACCCCUUCAAACGCUCUACAUGCUCAAAGACCAAAAGCUUGGCCAAUAUGCCAAAGUCCCACCCAGAGUCGUGUUCAUCGCUCAAUUCUGCGGAACCUUCCUCGGCGCCACCCUCAAUUAUUGUAUCUACAGGUCGAUCAUGUCUGCUCAUCGAGAGAUCUUGAAAGACCCAGUCGGUAGUCGAAUCUGGUCCGGGUGGAAUUUGCAGGGUACCAACUCCAAGGCUAUCACCUUCGGUGCUCUCGGAAAGCAGAUGUACACUGCCGGUGGACCAUAUUGGUUCAUUCCCGCUUGUUUAGGUAUUGGCUUGGUACUUCCGAUUCCCUUCUGGCUCAUGUACAGGCGAUUCCCCAAGCAGAGUAUCUGGAGGAAUCUCAACACUCCUAUCAUCACCAAUUAUAUGGGCUGGCUCCCAUACUCUGUCAACGGUAUGUGGUGGUCUGGUGCCUUGAUCGGCUUCAUGUCCCAAUGGUGGGCAAGGAAGUACCGACCUCGAUGGUUCGUCAAGUACAACUACUUGCUCAGUGCGAGUCUCGACGGUGGUACUCAGGUCAUCUACUUCAUCCUCAACUUCGCCAUCUUCGGCGCAGCAGGAGCGGCGAAAGACUUCCCAUACUGGUGGGGUAAUCCCGAUCCCUCUAAACUGAGUGUUGACAGGUGUCAAGCUGUCUGA